UUGACCCCUCCAUCGUCUUCUCCAUCACAUCACCACAGAGCAAGGUAGCUCCCAGACACCCCCCCCCGCCGCCAACAAUGGCCAACAAAGUCGAACGCAUCGUCGCCCGGCUGCAGGAAAAGAUCGCCGAGGGCGACUACUACGAAGCGCAGCAGCAGACGCGCGUCGCCGCCUCCCGCUAUAUCAAGGCCAAGAACUGGCCCGCCGCCAUCGACGUCCUCUACAGCGUCGCGCAGUCGCUGCUCAAGGCCGCGCAGGGCGGCAGCGGCGGCGACCUCUGCGUCAUGAUGGUCGACGUCUACAAGCAGGCCGAGCUCCGGCCCGACGCCACCAGCAAGGGCCGGCUGCUGACGUGCCUGCGGCUGUUUGACCCCGCGGAGCCCACGAGGAAGAAGUUUAUCGCCGAGAGCAUGGGAUGGUCUUCCAAGUUUGGCGAAUACCCUGCCGGCGACCCCGAGCUGCACCACGUCGCCGGAUCACUAUACGCAGAGGAGCACGAGACGUACGAGGCGGAACGACACCUGAUAUUGGGAACCAAGGACUCUCCAGAAGUGCUGCUCAACAUGGAGUACGCCUGGUACAGAGAAGGAGACGCCCACCUGGCACCGCACUUUGCGGCGCGAGCCAUCCUCCCCUACCUCCUCGUCGGCAACGUCCGCGCCGCCAACACCUGCUACCGACUCUUCAUCAGCGCCCUGACAACCGACAACCCGUCCCUCGGCGUGCAGGACGUCUCCAGCGCCACCUGCGACGCCCGCAUCUUCCCCAGCCUGCCGCUGCUCAACUUCCUGGGCCUGCUGCUCCUGGCCAUCCAGCGGGGAGCGCCCGAGGUCUACAAGGGCCUGGUGUCCAAGUACGCGACGCAGAUCGACGAGGCCGAGGCGUGGGCGGAGCCUCUGGAGAUGAUUGGCGAGAUGUACUUUGGCAUACAGAAGCCGCGACAGAGCAACCCCCUGCUGGACAUGAUGAGCGGGCUGUUUGGCGGAGGAGGCGCCGCGCCGGCGCCGCAGACACGGCGGCCGGGGCUGCGAGGAGCGGAAGCUCCCGCUGCUGAAGGAUUAGACUAGUAGGCUUGCUGCGGUAUCGUCAUCAACAUCAUCCCUCUUUAUCCUUUUCUCCAAAUUCCCCUCUUCUUCUCAUACCAUUCAUCGAUCGGUAGCGACGAAAUAGAACUCAGUCCUGUAUCAUAGACACAACGGCGUAGGCGGGUGGGUUGUAAAAAUCGUCGUCAUUCAUGCUAGGCGCGGCUGUUCUUCCGCCUCAAACAUCCAGUUGUCCUCGGCCAAGGCGCUGACCUUGUUCCUAUUGCUCUCGCGCACAGCCUCGAGCAGGGCUAGGAGAUGGAUGGUUGAUGGGCCAUGGAGCUGUGGCUUAUUCGAUACAGUCGGAUGGCCUCUGCCAAGCGCUGCUUCUCUCCUAGACGCA